AUGGGUCCCAUGGUGAACUCAACCGUCCCCAAGAAUUCCUCACAAAGAAAUACCCGUGGAUCUAGAAACCACGAUCCAGAGGCCCAAAGCACUACGCCCAUUCUCACCAGCACAAACACAAACACAGACAGUUCCACGAUCCAACACUCAGAUUCGACGCCCGAAGAGCAGGAACACGAGCGCAAACGCAACACCUACUCUGGGUUACCAGGCUGGCUGGAUUUCUUCUGGGGCGGCGUAUAUGCCCCUGGCGCUUCGACACAUGACCCAAUUGAGAUCCUCCUCAACACGGAGGACGAAGAAGAAAGAGAUAGACUGACGGAGCUCUGGAGAGAUAACAGAUUGAACGAGCUGAGCUUCGUCGGCGUUGUCGCAGCCCUGCUAGCCGGCGUACUAACCUCGACCGGAUCAUGGCCCGCCAUUCUCCCCAAUGGCAAGAUAUCCCCCUGGCCUGUGCGAACGACCUGGUACUGCGGCAUCGUCCUCUCCGUAUUCGCCAUCCUGAGCGCAGCAGACCAGACCGUCCGCCUUUACCGCCUGUCGUCACACCGCGACGGCCGCAUACAGAUUCGAGAGCUCUUAUCCAAGUCCAAGGGAAAGCCGCGUAACGGGCGUCUAAGACCAAGCAUGGCGCAAUUGUAUACAUGGCAGAUGCCGGUGAUGUUUUUGACCACUGCAGCUAUAUGUAUGAUUGUGGGGCUGUUCUUGCACGUGUGGUCUGCGAUACGGCGGCUCGAUCACGAGCAUUGGUGGAGCGACGAUGGAAAGGUUGCGGUCGCCUUCUCUGUUGUAGGUGGCCUUUCAAUAGUGUUGUUCUUUGCUGGGCAAGUUACUCUGUACGUGCCGUCAAAUGUUACUGGGAAUGAAUGA